UGAAAUUACCAAACAGUUACUGAAAAUACCUGGCUUUACAAAACUCACCACUCAGCAUCCAUCAGAGCUGUUAUCCUUCUUUUUCUUCCCCCUCAUUUUUAUUAGCAUACAUUAAUUGAAGGGGGGUAUCCUUCUUUAUUCUUAGGCAAACAAUCUCCCUAAAGCCAUUGCCGCUGCUCACACCUUUCUUCUGAAGCACCCUGAUGAUGAAAUGAUGAAGAGAAACAUGGCGUAUUACAAGAGCUUGCCAGGUGCCGAAGACUACAUUAAAGACUUGGAAACCAAGUCGUAUGAGAGCCUGUUCAUCCGUGCAGUGCGGGCUUACAAUGGCGAGAACUGGAGGACGUCCAUCACAGACAUGGAGUUGGCCCUUCCUGACUUCUUCAAAGCCUUUUACGAGUGCCUCGCAGCCUGCGAGGGCUCCCGGGAGAUCAAGGACUUCAAGGAUUUCUACCUUUCCAUAGCAGGUUGGUGAUGGCUUGUGUCCUAGAGUAAACAGCAUGGCCACCACUGUAGAGUCUGGCUGGCUCAGAUGUCUGCUGUCUGUCUAGAUGCUUUCCAAGUGCCUUAAGUCGCCUCUGAGGAACUUUUGAGCUGAAAUUUUAAUGAGAAACUGGGAGUAGGAAAUCCUGACCUAGAUA